CUGCCAGGGGCUGCUGCUGCUGCUGCUGCUGCUUGGUUGCUGAGGUUCUUCAGCCGUCUGUGAGCCGUCAGAACAGUCUCGACUGCCGAACCGGGUGGAUCUGAAGCGUCCCUUGAGGUUGCAAAGCGAAUCCGUUGCAAAGACGAGUUGCUCGUUGUGUGUCUUACGAACUAAAGACGCACUGAAAAGACGGUGCGUGUGCGUGUUUGUGUGCCUCUGUUUACAUCAUCAGGGGAAGUGUGAAUUAUAGGAAACAAAAACAUGCGAGUGUGAAUUAUUCCCUUUUUGUUACAAGAACUCAAUCAGAGCCAGUCCGGGCAUUAUCAAUUUCGCUAAAGAAACACUUAUCCAUUAAUUCUUGUGCAUAUGUGUCUGUCUUUCUGUAUGUCUGUGUGUGCUUCUGUGGAUGUGAUAAGACGCCUCAUGUGGGUUGGCAUAAAUUAAGAGCGUAACUGAGGACCACUUGUGCGAUCAAUUGAAUUAAUUUCCUUAAUUGAGUUUGCACAACUUCCGCUGGGCAAAGACUUCAAGCCAGAGUGUCAAGUGUGUGUGUGUGUGAGCGUGUAAAACAAUUGCCGUCAAGUGGGUUGCGCAAAGUAAAGCGUAAAUUAAAAGCUUACUGUAAUAUGGGAAGACGCUAGCUAGCUGGAAUGCUGGUACGUGGCUUGGAGUGAGUUAUUCACAGACGGCUAAGAGACAAUUGUGAAGGAGGCUGCCAUCGUUUGGUGUAUUUGUGAUAAGAGAGAGAGAGCGAGUUACGGACACUUUGGAGCCGUAGUGUUUUGCUGGACGGAACGGAAGCGGUCGGGUCAUUCCAGCCAGCUAAAUUCAAUCGGUCAACGAUCAUUACAACAUGGUUUAUUUUAGUCCCCGUGGCAUGCAGGAACCGUGUAGCCCACCAGGAGUACCGCUGACAGCGAAGAGUCCCACCAUGGAAGGAGCCGUCCCGGACACGGAGUCCGCCGCGGACAAUGGGCCUAGUCCACAUGGGCCCGUCACCACCAACACCACCACAACAACAGCCACCAUCAGCCGGCCGGCCGCUAAAAUUCAGCGACCGAGCGGUGGUGCCACGCUCAAGUUCUCGAUCGCCAACAUUAUGGGACAAGAGCAUGAGGAUGACGAGGAGGAAGAUCGUGAAGAGGAACGGCAUGAUCGGGAGCAUGAGGAAGAGGACGAAGAGGACGAGCUGGAGGACGAUGUCGAUGAGGACGAUGAAGAUGCGGUAGUGGAUGUAGCGAGUGAGGAUGAAACGAUCGAGCUUUCGAUGGUUUCACCGGGCAGUGGAAGUUCGUUGCUGCGGAAGCGUCGCCACGGCAGUCACGAGAAGUCGAUGAGUCCGUUAUCAGCCGCCGGCUCUAGUCCCUGCUACGAACCACCGACAACAACGGUCAGCUCCGUUGCGGAAGCGUACGAUUCCGCCUUCAAGAAGUACGUGCCCAACUCGAUGCAUCCGUUCGUGGCGAGCAACCGGCACCAGGAGUUGCUAAGUCAGUAUCCGCUGCUGUACUACCCGGGACAGUUGAUGUGUGCAGCGGCUCAGUAUGCCGCCCUAACUCAUCAGCAGCACCACCAGCAGCAGCAUCACCAUCACCAUCACCAUGCGGCGGCUGUGGCGGCUCUACACCCUUACGGAGCGCCCGGGCGGCUUCACAGUCCUACCCUAUCGCCACCACCGACGGGUGCGAGCCUGCAGACGACGACCGUUGUGCAAAGUGCCAGCGUCCAUGGUGCCCACGGUGCGAUGAAUGGACGUCAUUUGCAUGCGGGCGGUCAUCAUCAGCUACUGUCUGCGGCGGCGGCUGCUGCGGCGGCUGCAGCAGCAGCGGCGGCUGCCACCGCCACCUCAGGCGGCAAAACAGGUUCGAAGCGUGCGAAUCUGAACCACUCCACCAGCAGUACCUGCUCGUCGCUAAGCUCCAGCGGUAGCUCGGUGGGUGGCUCCCCGGGCGGCAGUGGUCCCGAUGGGUCGUUGAAUAGUUCUUCCUCCUCAUCGGCAGCCGCAGCAGCAGCCGCCGCAAUGGCGGCUAAGCAGAAAACGUUCGCCUGUCCCGAGUGUGGCAAGGUGUUCAAUGCGCACUACAACCUUACCCGCCACAUGCCCGUCCAUACCGGUGCACGGCCAUUUAUUUGCAAAAUCUGUGGCAAGGGUUUCCGGCAGGCGUCGACGCUCUGCCGGCACAAGAUCAUCCACACCUCGGAGAAGCCGCACAAGUGUCAGACGUGCGGGAAGGCGUUCAAUCGCUCCUCGACGCUGAACACGCACACGCGCAUCCACGCGGGGUACAAGCCCUACAUUUGUGAGUACUGUGGCAAGGGGUUCCAUCAGAAGGGCAACUACAAGAACCACAAGCUCACGCACAGUGGCGAUAAGGCGUACAAGUGUACGAUCUGCAACAAGGCGUUCCAUCAGAUCUACAACCUUACGUUUCACAUGCACACGCACAACGACAAAAAGCCGUUCACGUGUAAGAUCUGUGCGAAGGGGUUCUGUCGGAACUUCGAUCUGAAGAAGCAUAUGCGCAAGCUGCACGAUGUUAGUAUGGGCGGAGGGCACAAGCGGUCGAGAAGCUGCGGUACGCCUCAGCAGCAUCAUCACCAUCACCAUCAUCGGGGUUCGCCGCUUACGGCACGAUCGCCAGUACAUCAGCACGCUUCCUUGCCAGCGCCACCGGCGCCCCCGAUGACGUCCGCAUCUGCCCCUCCGAUGAUGUCGAGCCCUCCGAGCGGAACCGGAUCACCUCCGGCACACCUUCAUCCUGCUCAGCAACCUCCACCGCAACAACAACAACCGCCGCAUCAUCUGCACCAUCCACUGCAUCUGCACGCGUCCGCACUGUCUCACGUUGGUCCUCCACAUGGUCACGUUGGCCCUUCGGAGCUACAGUCCCGCACAUCGCCCGUAUCCUGGUCGAGUGCAUCCAUCCUUCAUCAUACAGCCGUAGCGGCGGCUGCUAUGCGCAACGGAGGCAUGGAUUACGGCAGUCCCUUUCUCAUGCCAAGCGGACGGCACCAUCAACGGUUGGCAGCGGCAGCUGCCGUCACCGACAGUCCGUUCAUCGGCAAGGUGUUCUGACAGAAGUACUACCAGCAGGCGGGCAUUAGCUUCGGUGGGCUGUCACCCGUGGCAGCGGCAGCGCAAGGUAGUAACGCAACGACGGCGGCCAUCACUGUAACGGCGGUUGCUUCGGCGGUCUCACCGUAAGAGGGCGCUCACCCACUCACGCGCUUCUCCUUGUGGCGAAGCGCGCUUUGAGUCGCAGUGGUUGCUUUGAUUGUGCUGCCCGGUGUAGUAGAAUUAGAGUAGAUGAAGUGUGUGCAAUAGGUCUGUGUGUGUGUGACAAACGCCAGCGUGAUUUGAAGGUAGCAAACAAAAAAACAGAUUCUAGGAAGAGUAGGGAAGUUCGAUUAAAGCAGCGCUUUGCCCCGUUCCCAGUUAAAAUGCGUCGUACCUAGGCAGAAAGGGACGGAAGAAAAUGAAUGGUUUUGUGUGUUUUUAGUGGGUAAGCAGGUGAGAGGAAACAACGUCAUCGUCGUCAUAAUGCCGCGUUAGGAAUUUAAGCUCUGUAGUUGUAGUGUGGUGGACAUAUGUUCUUGUUGGGGUUUGGGACAGGAUCGCAGGAUCGAUUAGAAAGAGGCUAUCAUCAAUCUGGGGAUUUACGAGGGUGAAUUAAUGGAAUUAAUACGUUGAUCGAUAUUAUUAAUAUUUAAGUAUAUAUAUACACACACACACACACGCGUGUAAAUGAAGUGAGCUAAAUAAAUCAUUCGCAUCGGUAAGGGAUGUGUGGAAGUAUGGAAAAAUAACAUAA